AUGAUUAGCAAUCCUUUUAGCAAACUACUUUAAUCAAACUAAAUUAGAAACUCUUCUUAUUUAUAUCUUGAUCUCAGUUAAAUUUAAAUUUGUGACCACAAUUCUGUUCAGCUGGUAUAAGCAUUAGUAGCUGCUAAAUCUCUUUAUGAUUUAAAUUUAAAAUUUUCUCUAAAUAACAAAAUUAGUCUGCAAGGAGCAUAAAAUAUAUUUACAGGAUUACUAAAUUGUCAAAAUCUCUCUAAGUUAUCAAUUGAUUUAAAAAAUUAAAAUAUUGACGAUAAAAUAGCUCCAAUUUUAGGAAAUGGAUUGACUUUAAUUCAAAAUUUGCAGUUUUUAAAUAUCGACUUAAGGCACAAUAAGAUUACAGACUAAGGUGUUGCUGAUUUGACUCAUAGAUUCUCCUGCUUCUGCAAACUUACAGGCUUAGUUAUUGAUUUAAGUUAUAAUUUACUUACAGAUAAAGGGGCUUUUAACUUAGGAUAGUCGCUAAAAUCUAUGUUAAAUCUUUAGAAAUUAACUUUAUAUUUGCAAGCUAACUAAAUAGGUGAUUUAGGUGUCAAAAAUAUUUCAGAAAUUAUUGAAUUUUGUAAGAACCUUAAAAAUCUAACUAUUAUAUUAGAUAGGAAUCUAAUUACACAAGAAGGAAUUUAUUUUUUGGCAUAAAGCUUAACAUAGAGCUCUAACUUGAGCAACUUCACUAUUUAUUUAUAAGAAAACAAGCUGGACUCAACAUGUAUUUCUGAUUUAAGUGAUGGAUUAGCUAAAUGCUUCAAUUUAAGUAAUCUGGGAGUAUAUCUCAACUUCAAUGAUAUAACUAACGAAGGAGCAAUAUGCUUAGCAAGAAGCAUUUUACAAAUUAAAAAUCUAAAAAGUUUAGAACUCCAUUUAAUGUUUAAUUAAAUACAGAAGUUAGGUCUAAGUGAAUUAGGAUAAUGUUUGAGGCAGCUUAAUUACUUGAUAAGAUUAGAUUUCUCUAUUAAUAAAAUAAGUUCAUAUCAUACACAAACUUUUAAGAGAAAUGUCAAGAAAAUGAAAAGAUUAACAGAUUGCAAAAUUGAAACUGAUUGA